AGUAGAAACUGUAGUGAGAAGCAAGCGAGGGGUUCUUGGUGAUUUUCAAUUGCAAGGUUGCUGUGCUGCCGUCUGCUUUUAUUUUCUAAGUGCUCCUGUGUGUUGCGCAGUAUUACAGGUGGUAAUGUAACUACUUGCAUACCUUUUGACGCUGGCAAAUCGUUAAGGUGUGCUAUUUGUGACGACUGAGACUUCAAAGAGCAAACAUGACCUUAUUGAUUGCGGUAUUGAACAUCCAUGAGUUCCUCAGCAAGGCCCGACAACGUCUCCCAUUCCAUUGACACCGCUGUAUCCUCACGCGACACGGGGCUUUAUCCAGUCUGCGAGUGAUACCCCGAACUCUCCCAUUCACGGCAUUGUCGUGAACCAUUUUCAUUUAAAGGACCCCAUCAAGGCCCACAUUGUGCAAGUGUUUGCUUAUGGACUUAUCUGUAGAAAAUCUUUCUUUUAAACGGAUAUAAUAAUCUCCCAAGAUAGAUCUAGGCGGUGCGAGUGUCAACAAGGUUUUUGGGACUCAUGUACACUUCUAAUAAAUUCCGUAUAAGCAAGCGGUUAAUAUCAUUGUAUCGCCUCUAUACACCAAUAUAAGAUCAGGAUAUCUUUUGUGCACGGUCUGUAAAACAGCAUUAAUGAUUCGAACGAUGGAAUAAUUGAGAUUCAAUGGAAUAGAUUUAUAGUUCUCACGGCGGACAGGAAACUAAGACACGCAAUAUAUACUGAAGAAAUGAAAGGAGAAAGGGGCUUCAGAAGAGGUGCCCGGCCUCGCUCUCGCGCAAGGAGGUCGGAUUUGGAUCGGCUCUGUGAUUCCCCUCCCCGCGCACCCUCCGCCCUCCCGGAUCGUCUGGUGAAGAGUCCGACAUUUAUCAGCGAGAAGACGUAUAAACCGUACAGCAGUAAGCGACCCUCCACAUCCCGGACGUACCUCAGCUCGCUGUCCAACAACCAUGUGGACAUAGACGUCCGUGACCCCGGGGUGAAGGUCAAACAGGAGAAAUCCUCCCUCAUGGACCAGGAGCCUGCGUUUGUUGACGUCACUAAAGACGUUCCGGGUUUGACCGUCUGGCGGUUGGAGGGCAAAUCACGACUUAUUCAGACAGAGGAACGAGAUAUCGGAUUCUUCCACGAGGGUGCUACUUACAUCGCAUUGCAGAUCAAUGAGGAUGGCGACGCCUCGCUACACUACUGGAUCGGUGCUUUUGCGAAUGAGGACCACAAAACAGUUAUAGAAGAAAAAGCCCAUGAACUAGAUAGAAUAGUGACGCACGCGGCUAUAUUCUCACGAGAGAGUCAGUACCACGAAUCUUCGUGUUUCAUGCGACUUUUCCCGGACGGCAUUGUAUACAUUGAAUCCAAACCAAAGACCACCGUCAGUCGCGCCAGUGUUUACGCCAAGAGGAUGUACCGGAUCACGGGCCGGAAGUACAUCAGAGCCGCAUGCUCGGAACCUUCCUUAGAGGUGUUGGAUUCCGAAGCCGCUUGCAUUUUGGACGGAUUUCCCCGGAUGUACGUCUGGAUUGGUCGCCAUUGUAACUACGCACUCCGAAACAAGGCAAUCCACGUUGCAAAGAGAAUCCGGAAUUUGCAGCGUGAAGGCAUUUCGCACAUCAUUGUCGUAGACGAAAAAGACGACGUGAUGAAUGAAGCUUUCAAAAAGAAGCUCCACAACAACACUCAAUUCUCUGAGCAGACCCAGUGCUGUAGACCAGGGGAUGUGGACCCUGAAAACGCCGACAGGAGAAUGCACAGAGUAAGCGGCGAUCACGUGAUGUACAACAUGCCGGAAGCUGCCAAACCUCCGUUUUACCAGAGAUACUUAGUCCAGCGGGACUGUUACCUGAUGGACCGAGGUGCCCGACUUCCGUUGUAUGUUUGGGUCGGAUCCCAGGCUCACGAAAACGAAAUACUCUACGCAAUUAAAAGGGGAAAGACAUUUUGCCAACACAAACAGUAUCCGGAAGUUAUUCCCAUAUGUAGAAUAGCUGACGAUUCUGAACCCAACGAUUUUAAAAAGAACUUCUAUGAUUGGCGGGAAAAAGAUACAAAACACAGACAACUAAAGAAAUUGUACAGCAUAGGAAAUAUUGAGCGUGCACUGUUUUCCCGCCGAGACCAACGAACGGUUGCCAAGAAAAACGAAUUGUGGUCGUCUGACACGCUACCAGACGGCGAGGACGAAACCGAGAUUUGGAAGAUAGAUGGAGACAAGAUGAUAAAAAUGGAUAAUGACCAACAUGGGAUUUUUAACAAUGGUAACAGUUACAUCGUCCUCCAUCGUAUUCGAACCGGCAGCUUCACACAACAAGUGCUGUACUACUGGCUGGGUUCAAAGCUUGAGAACGAUAACCAGGACAGUGUUCUAGAUUUGGUGCUAUCCAUGAACAAGACAUUGAACAACCAAUGUAUUGUGAUUCGAGUGUUUGAUGGACGAGAGCCGCCUCACUUAAUGUCUGUUCUUGGAAACUGUUUGAUUAUUUAUGACAAGGAACUAGAAGAUAGCCCGGAUGUAGAAAGUAGUCGGAUGUUUUGUAUACGUGAACACGAUCCAGAGAACUGUAGCAUGAGAGUACAACAGGUGCCCGUGACUCCCUCCUCUCUGAACUCCUCGGCAGCCUUCGUCUUCCACAUCCCCUCACAGGAGUGCCUCCUGUGGUACGGACAGAAAUCUCGCGGUUCUGAGAGGGAAUACGCUAAACAAAUGAUAGGAUACAUUUCUCCUCUAAGUAAAUUCGAUUACUCCAUAAUAACAGAGGGCAAAGAGAGUAAAUAUUUCUGGAACCUGAUUGGUCAAAAGCAGAAAUAUCCACUGGACUUCCAUAUUGAGAUCUUGGAUCGAAGACUCCCAAGACUUAUAGUAUGCUGUUUAAACAAGGACCACAUUUCCUUUAAUUCCAUUGAAAAUUUCCAACAAGAGGACCUGUGCGAGAACGAGAUCUUCCUCCUGGACUUGUACGAUCAGAUCUAUGUAUGGACAGGAUCAAAGGUCGUGGAAAGUAUGCAGAGACAAACACCAGUCUGCCUUAAGCGUUAUAUUGCCACCGACCCUGCUGGAAGAGCAGACGAAACCAUUAGUGUCUGGUUUUUAACGCAGAAUAACGAACCCGAUUCAUUCACCAAGUUCUUCCCCUACUGGACAAGUGAUGGAAUAUCGGGGGAAAAGUCGUAUGAACUUUCUCGGAAACUGAUUCGCCAAGAGAAUAUGAAGGUUGACAUAGAUAAAGAGAUGGUGGAUCGGACCUAUUUUGGAAGGACCAAGUACUCCUACAAAGACUUGCUGAAGAGGGAACUUCCAGAAGAUGUGGAUCCCCAACAUAAAGAGCAUAACCUUUCCGAGAAACAAUUCAAAGAAGCAGUGAAAUAUCCACGUGACCAGUUUUACCGACUCCCUCUGUGGAAACAAGAACAAUUGUUUAAGUCUGCUCGACUAGGACACACAGGGGCUUCAGAAAACCCGUACAGGUUACGAAUAGAAAGCCCCGAAAACCACAACCAGUGAACAAACUACCGACCCCCACUCCAGCUAGUUUUCUUUUUUUACUUGUUUAUUUAUUUCAUUUACAGAACCUGUUGUUGUUGAAUUAGAAUUGACAAAAUAUAUUUCCAAAAAAAAGAA